AUGAUCACAACUGAAACUCUGCAUACUCAAUUUAAUCAUCGUGAUGAUCGUAUAAAUUGUUUGAUGCCAAUGUUGAUGACGGGAGUAUCAAGGUUAGCAGUACUGAUGUGGAAAAAUGAACGUGUAAAACAACCGUUCUUGAACAUGUUAAAUUCAAUAACUCGACGAAAAAAAGCGAUUAGUAUCAAAGCAUGUGGCCCAUACCAGUUGGAAAAAGUGAAUAAGAACAUGUUCCAGUUCGAUACAGUUGAAAUGAAAAGAUUUGAGGAGGGUCAAGCAGCCGUUGAGUAUGUUGAUGCAACGAUGACUUGGCUGAGUUGGAUAUCACAAAUACGUGUAUUGAAUAUAGACAAUGAACUGUUGUUUCAACUCACCAAUCAUCAUUUUCGUAUAGAUCAGUUAUUGUCGAUAGAAAUUCUUAUUAUUCGUCAAAUAGCUCAUUCUGUCGGUAAUGAUUCGUUAAGUAUUGUUAAUCGUCUUGGUAAAUCAUCGUCGUUACACACCAUAAAUAUAAAAAAGUAUCAACUGAAUGCUGAAUUAACAAUGAACGAUCUGUUCUUGGUUGUAUCUAAAAUGCACCAUGACCUGUCUGCAUUGAAAAUGUUGACAAUCGACUUCGACAAAGAUGCUACGUUUGGUGUUGAAAUAAUGGAUAGCUUGACGGCUGUGCAGAAGGAAAACUGUCGUCUAGAAUAUUUUCAUGCGACGAACUCUUAUGUUGAAUUAUGGUUUAGUGCCUAA